CAUUAAUAAUAGCUGAUGUCUGAUGGCUUUUUAUUUAUUUAUUUAGAUUCAUUGUUUGACCAGGCCACGGAACCGGCUGUGGUCCAACCCACAGAGGUUCCUCAGGACCAGGACACGGAGCUUGUGAAGAUUCUGAGCCGUAUUUUGUCCGAUGACAGGAUGAAGGAGCUGGAGGAACAGAUCUGUAAGGCACUCAGAGAUUGGGACAUGAAAAGCAAGAUCAGUGGGCGGGGUCUGGAUGACAUCGUUGUGGCAGUUCCACAGACACCAGCACAUGGGGCUGUGGCUUCCACAAGCAGUGAGUUUUCUCCAUGGCAUGAUAGUUACCAAUCAGGGAACCAAUCGGAACCCGUGUGUGUGUGUGUGUGCGUGCGUUCGUGCGUGCGUGUGUGUGAACAGGUCCCGAGCUCUCAAGUAAAUGACGAAGAGGAGUUCAGUGUCGGUCCGUGGGCAGCAAUGAAGGCUGAGAUGGGUUUGGAUGAGAGAAACCCUUCCUGUUUCCUCCAUUCGUACAGCAUUGUCAUGGUGCUGCGGAAAGCGGCAUCAAGACAACUGUCCAUGAAUAAGGUGCCUAACAUGGCGGUGAUGUUAAAGAGCAUUUUACACACCCAUGGAGAUGCCAUAGCAGUGUUCAGGGACCCCACGGGUGAGAUGCAGGGUACAGUUCACAGACGGUUGCUGGAGGAGAGACAGGGAGAGCUGAAGACUGGCGCAGUGCUGCUGCUCAAACAAGUGAGCGUGUUCUCCCCCUCUAAUCGGAACCACUACCUGAACGUAACCCCCAAUAACCUUCUUCGAAUCUACCCUCCUGACGGAGCAGUCCACGCGUCCUCCCAGCAUUCUCAGCCUGCACUGCAACCUGCUGGAUUACUGCAUUGUGUGUCCUCCAAGCCUGAAGGGGGGCCCAUAUCUCAGAUGGAACUGCAUUUUGACGACCAUGAGGAUGAGGAGCAGGAGCAGGGCAGCAUCCCGGCUAAACCUAGGGUCCCAGCUAAUGGGGUGGUCCGGUCUACUACACGACCUGACUGCUCAGAGGAUGCUCAAUGGGAUGCAGGUGCAGUGAUGUCGAGAAACCGAAUGAUCUUGACGAGCUGCUUGGGGAGUUGCCUGUCGAGUCUUACUCCGCCUGACGCCGACACCAUUAAUAUAGAAAUGUGCCAGACCACAGCAAAAUGGCAUAGCCGAACAUGCUUUUUGUUCAGUUUGUGUUUCUGUAGAAGCUGUUGUAAGAUAUGUACAUAAUCAGAAAACAGUCAUCUAGACGAGAUGAAUAAAUUUUCGAGUUUGAACUGUC